AUGGGGCUGGUGUGGCGCAGGGUGGCUGCUCUCUUCCUCGUCCUCUUUCUCCUCCUGGGUGUGGGUGCUGGCCAGCGGGUGGUGACUGUCCAAAAGGGACCCCUUUACCGCGUGAGGGGGUCCCACGUCACGCUGUGGUGUGAGGUGAGCGGCUACCAGGGCCCGGCCGAGCAGAACUUCCAGUGGUCCAUCUACCUGCCCUCAGCCCCCGAGCGCGAGGUGCAGAUCGUCAGCACGGUCGACCCCUCCUUCCCCUACGCCGUCUAUGCCCAGCGGGUGCACAGGCGGGAGAUCUACGUGGAGCGGGUGCAGGGGGAUGCCGUCCUGCUGCACAUCAAGGAGCUGCAGGACCAGGAUGCUGGCGAGUACGAGUGCCACACGCCCAACACCGACGAGAGGUACUUCGGGAGCUACAGCGCCAAGAUGAACCUCUCAGUGAUCCCGGACACCCUCUCGGUUUCCAUGGGGUCCCAGGUCCUCACCCAGGCAGAGGGGGACGUGGUGGAGCUCACCUGUGAGGUGUCCAAGACCACUGCCCAGCACACACAUCUCUCUGUCAGCUGGUACCGCCUUUGGGGAGCAGGGGAGCACCAAGCUGAGGAGAUCCUCACCCUCUCCAAGGACUUCGUCUUGAAGCCGGGGCCAUCUUACACGCAGAGGUUUCUGUCGGGGAACGUGCGGCUGGACAAGGUUGGGAACACCACCUACAAGCUCUCCAUCACGGCAGUGGAGCCCUCUGACCAGGGGCAGCUGUACUGCGAGGCGGCCGAGUGGAUCGAGGACCCCGAUGAGACGUGGAAGGACAUCUCCCGCAAGCAGACAGAGAAGACAGCGCUGUCAGUCACAACCCAGGACCACGACCUCCAUGUGGGCAUCGUCGCCACCAAGAGCACCCUUUCUGAAGGGGACAUCUUGCAGCUCAGCUGCACGCUGGGAGCCCAGAGGAGCAGCAGCAGGUACUUCCAAGUGGCUUGGCUCCUCAACGGCAUGGAAGUGGCCAGGCUUGGCCCCUGCGGGUUGUUGGCCUGGAAGAAGGAAUAUGAGGAGAGAGCCGGGCUGGGGCAGCUCCGAGCAUUCAAGCAAAGCAGCGCAGUUUACGUCCUCGCUGUCUAUGGUGUGGGGCCGAAGGACAGUGGUGCCUACCACUGCUCUGCUUCAGAGGUGAAGGCUCCUGGAGAUGUUCAGAGCAUCCAAACCAACCUGUCAUCAGCCAUCAGAGUCGACGUGAAGCCCAUAGCAGGUCUUGGUCUGCGUGCCACGCUGAUAAGCCGGACCGCCACCGUCAGAUACACGCAGAGCUUUGAGCUCGUUUGCCAAGUGAGUGCCAGCCACCCCAUCGAGGAGGUGCUGCUCUCUGUAGGGUGGUUCUUCCAGCCCAACCCACCUGACGGCAGCUACCAGGAGCUGGUGCGGGUCCUUCCCGAUGGCACCGUGUCCUGGGGGCCGGCGCUGCCCCGCUUCCAGGGCAAAGCCCAGCUGAGGAAGGUGGGCGCCUCCUCCUGGCUGCGCAUCCACAGCGUGGUGUCCGGCCACGCGGGGACGUACCAGUGCGAGGUGGGGCUCUGGAGGACCCCACGGGGGCAGCCCACUGCCUCUGCCACCUCCAACGCCGUGGGGAUACAGGUCAUCCCGCCAGAAAGCAAGCUUCAAGUCGCUACGAAGGAGAGCUCCGUGGAGGUAGCUGGAGGUGCCGACACGAGCAUUGAGUGCAGGAUUUUGUUCUCCCAGAACGACUCUCAGUUGGCUGUCACCUGGCACUUCCUACCUCCUCCUCCAGCAGAUGCCACCCCCCUGCAGAUCGUGCGGGCCAGCUACAGCGGCCUGCUGGAGUACGGGGCCGACUUCAGCUCCCCUGCGCAGAGGUCCCGGUUCCUGAGCCAGAGGGUGUCCAGCGAGGCUUUCCAGCUGCGGAUCCUCUCGGCCGGCCCGGGGGACCAGGGCGGGUACCGCUGCCUGGUGGAGGAGUGGCGCUGGCUGGAGGACGGCUGGCGCAGCCUCGGAGAGGGGCAGUCGGGGAGGACCUCGCUGUGGCUCCGGCUGCCCGAGAGCGAGCUGCACCUGGAGCAAGCCAACCGCAGCAUCUCAGUGAGGGAGGGCGAGGAGGUGACGCUGGGCUGCCUGCUGCAGGACACCCAUGUGCCCACCGCCCGCCUCUCGGCCUCCUGGUUUCGCGGGGAGGAGGGCGGCCACCCCAGGACCCUGCUCACCCUGCGCCACGACGGCUCCAUCGAGUACCCCCAGGAGGGGCUGGCGGGGAGGCUGCAGCUCCGCCGCCCCACCGCCGGCGACUUCAGCCUGACGCUGGGCGGCGUGGAGGUGGGCGACGCCGGGCUCUAUCACUGCCAGCUGCAGGAGUGGCAGCAGCAGGGCAAGGGGGAGUGGGCGCUGCAAGCCUGGGCGCGCUCGGGGUACACCCGGCUCACCGCCAUCCCCAAAGAGUCAACUGUUUUGUCUACGAUCUGUUCGUCUCCACCAUUGCUGAACUUCAUCCUAUUCUUACCUCUGAUUCUGAUCCUUCUCCUGGCCCUUGCUGGCUUCUGCUGGUGCUUCCUCUCCAGGAAAAGCAAAAGCAAAAAGGGCUGCACCAAAGGAGAAGAGCUGAUGGAACUGAAAGGGGCUGGAGGGGUCAAGCAAACUUAG